AUGAAGUCUAUCCUCAAAAUGAGACGACGAAUAGCAUUCAUCUCCGGUCCCAUCGACACCGGCUCCUCCGAGUCCUAUUUCAAGCAUUACACCCCCGUCAUCGACGCCGCCAUCGCAUCCAACGACUCGUUCGUCAUAGGCCCCAUCCCGCACGGCGUGGACACGAACGCGCUUUCAUACCUCCUGUCCUACCCGAUCGCACCGUCCCGAAUAACCAUCUUCGUGACACCCUCCGAAGACGCAAUAUGGGGGAACACCUUCCGAGGACUCGGAGUAAACGUACACAUGGUGGACGGACAGACCGGACGGGAACGAGACGCCGCGAUGACGGCCGCGAGCGACUAUGAUAUCCUGCGGGUGCGCACGGCAGACGAGGGGAGGGAGUUUUAUGGGCGGAUGUACAGGGAGGGAUAUGUGACGAACACGGAGAGGAAUUGGAAACGGAGAAGGGGGAUUCAUGAGGAUGUUGUUAUACAGGCCGAGGAGAUCAAUCGGGAUGUUGGGAUGGGGGAUGCGGUACGAGAGUCAGGUCUGGCGGCCGGCGGACGACGGCAUCUUUAUCAAAGCCAAUUGCUUCUUGCCAUCAAGGAAGCCCGUGUGACAUUGAAUGCCAAGCCGUCGUCCAUUGAUAUGGAAUUAGCGCCGCUGAAUGAGGUCGAGGCUGAUGUUGUUGAAACUGUUAUCGAUGCUGCUGUAGAGUUGAACGCCGUAAUGUUGGUGAUGUAA